AUGGCAGACAUACAACUUGUGCAACCCAGUUCAGAGGUGAAGAGUCCUGGAUCCAGUGUAAAAAUAUCAUGUAAAGCAUCGGGGUACACAUUUACUGAUUAUAGUAUGCACUGGGUACGACAGGCUCCAGGCAAAGGAUUGCAGUGGGUUGGUAGAAUCUAUACCAAUACUGGAGAAACAGCUUAUACCUCUUCACUCCAAGGAAGAGCCACAAUAACUAAAGAUGACUCGCUCAGCACAUCAUAUCUACAAAUAGACAGACUGACAUCAGAGGACACUGCCAGAUAUUACUGUGCUAGACACACAGUAACACAAAGCAGGGAAACUGCCACACAAAAACUGGAAGAGCAGAAAAUUCUCCAGACACCAGGAAACAACAGUUUAAAAGCACAUUCUUUUUCCUCUCUCAUAAUUACAAACCUUAUAUAA